CUAGUUAGUGUAAUUGAGGCCGGAUGGUAAGAGUACAGUGUUCUGUUAAAACACUGUGUGGUAAGACAGGAAUGGCUUCUCUUAUUUACCCAGUGGUUCCAGCAGCAGGCCACUGUGACAUCUGUAGACUCAGUACACCAGACAGGUCCCUUAUAGUAUGCGGAGGCCUUUCACAGGUUUACACUUAGUGUACCCCUUUCCAAAUCCUGCCAAGAGCUGGUAGUACUGUCACUGCAUCCUCUGUGCCUGGUAUCUGUCACUGUUUCAACUGUCUGAACCUUCAGAUAAUGCCUGUAAACAAUCGCUUCUCUCAUGCCCCCUCUUCUGUUCUCUACUGUCAGUUGUGUAGAAGUGCCAAUUCCUUGCAAAUCACUUUUCAAGAAUGGCUUGCUGGUGGACCAAAUAACUUCCUGUUCACACCACUCCUUGGUGCUAAACUGGUUUUGUUGGUGAGAGUACUGGACUAAAUUAGGAGAUAGAUAAAUGUGUAAACAGUUAACAUUUUUAAUGUAUUUUUAAUUUUUCCCUGAAUGUUUUUGUGCGUUUUUCAUCAGUUUAUUUCACUAUAUAGGCUUAGCAGAUUUGGAGAUUAACUGAAUAAAGAAUAUCACUUAUUUAUUAGUUAUUGUUUCAGCAUCUAAGACACAGUGAACUUUCCUGCACGUCUGUGCAACUAUUAAUCCUCCUGGAGCGCAGAGCUGAGCAAAGGUGCAUGAACAACGAAACCUUUUUAUUUCUAUUUAAACUAAACACCGAAGCAAGAAGGAACAGCUUUAAAGUUCAAUUGCUGUUUAUUUGCGCGUGAUUAAUUAGAACAACAGGGCCCCCGGGUAUUAACACAGCCACCCUCCCUGUUUGUCCCAGCAGGUGUGUCUGAUAAUCAUUAUGUUCUAUUAUAUUAUCAGAUGUUAUGAGGUGCUGCAGCAUUACCUGAAGGUUUUGGACCGGACUCGAGUCUUUGUUCCCAGAUUCACUCAGACAGCACUCUUUGUGCCCAGCCAGUGGCGGUAACGAGAGUGAGUCACAGGGUGAACGCCCGGUGCCGCUCCCUUCACUCAGGCCAACAUUCUUCUCACACCCCUCACGUUGUCAGGAGGACUGUUUGGUUCUUGUUUUCCUGCUGUCCCCGUUCUGAAACCCCAAAAAAAUGAUUGGGUGUCUGGCAGGCCUCAGAGUGUUAGGGUUUGCCUUUUAGCAGAAAAUGAGCUGCUGCUUGGUGAAAAGUGGGUCAAAUUCUGACGUUUUCCUCCUGUACUCCAGUGUGUUUGUUUUGUUUGCAUACAUGUGAGACCCAGGUGUGUUGUAGCUAAGGUGUGUUUGGAGGAGGGAGUAUGAAGUGACGGUUCACGUUGGGCUCUGUUGACGUCUCACCACAUGGUGGCAAGACGUUAAAGGCUCAACCUGUUUGUCUGCUUUAGCUGGAGUAUUCACCUGCCUGGCAGGUGCUCCUCUCCUCAGUGACAAGCAGCUGAGCUGUCAGCACCUACUGAACUAACCUUCAACGAGACAGCGGAAACAGCCAGAUGGACCCUCAGGUUUAGUCUGAGAUCUGCAAACAAACAUCAAAAAACAUGCCAACCCAUCGAAGGGGGCGAAGCCUCUCUGAGGCCUUGACUCUGGACGAAUCGGAGGAGGGGGCGCUGGUCAUUUCCAGCAUCACCAACAGCUCCCAUAACUUGAAGGAAGGGGAUGAAAUUUUGGGAGCGACAAUAAAUUUUGAUCAGCUGUCAAAAGAGGAGGUGAAAAAUGUGCUGAAACUAAUGGAACCAUUUGAUGACAAAGUCCAAGUCCUUACCCGAAAUGGCUUGAGCAAGAGCCUGGACAAUUUGGACCAGAGUGGCAGAAACCCAGAAUCAAUGCUGAAGGACUCUUACAGUAAACUCUACAAUGCCAAAAUAAAGAGGUUUCUGAAGGAUGACUCAUCUGCUGCUAACAAAUCAACAGUUUCCACCUCAUCCAAGGUCCACCUGAAACAUGACAUGGGGCUGCCUCGCCUUGGAGUUGACUUUGGACUUCUACAAUCCAAAUCGCUGAGUGCUGGUGCUGAUGGUUCAAAGUCAGAUACCAGAGAUGUGGCAGAUGGCAGCAAUCUGAACCUCCCCUCGUUUGGCGUUGAUGCUAGAAAUCCACAGUUUCAUCUCGGAGACUAUCAUCGCUCUCAGACACUAUCAGAUGAUUUAAAUGCCAUGACCGCACCGGGUAAGCGCCUGGAAAUUGCAGACAGAACAUCAGAGGACUCAAAAAUGCCAAAUCUUGAAGGAAAAAUUGGAUUAGCCUCAAAAGGUUCUAAUGUAACCCUCCCGGGUGCUUUUAUUAACCCUGAUAAGGACGUUAUGACACCAGAUGAUAUUUCAGCAGUUCCCAUAGGCAAACUCAGUGUGAAGCAUUCCAAAAGACUCAAAACCCCUGAUUUAGAUUUGGAUUCUCCCUCCAGUUUAAUGGAAUCACCUAAACUUAGGCUGCCUGGGGCUCAAAUGGACCCAGGAAAUGUAGAUGUGGAUGCUCUAACUGGAUCAGUCACAUUCCCUAAAAUUGGGUUAUCUGGUGAAAGUCAAGAUGCUGAUGAAAAGCUUGACUUUACUCUUAAAAACCCAAAGAUACAAAGUGGCAUAGCUGCAAAUGAUGCUAAUCUAUCAUUAAAAGGGGAAAAAAUGGACACUGCUUCUCCUUUGGCUGGUAUUAAAGGUCCAUCUGGAAAGUACAAGGCUCCUAAGUUUACCAUGCCCAAAUUUGAUAUGCCUGCUGUUCAAGUCCCAGGUUUAAAUGGACAUGUGGAGCUCCAAGAUGCUGACGUCUCUGUACCAAAAGUCAAAAUGCCUGGAGUUAAGCAACCUGACAUAGAUGCAUCUGCUCCAAAAUUUAAAGGCGGCAUGGACUUUAAGGGAGACUUUAAUACCCCUGAUGUUGACUAUAAUACCCCAAGCUUUGAUAUGAGCACUCCAGAUGUUAACAUCAGUUCACCAAAACAAAACUUGCCAAAAUUCAAAAUGCCUAAAUUGAAUCGUCCAGGCUUCAGAGGACCAGAGAUUGAUGCCACUUGGGAUAAACCAGACAUGGACAUUAACGCACCCAGUCUCCGUGCCCCAAAAACUGAUCUAGAUUUGAAAAUGCCAGAUCUCUCUGGGAAAUUUAAAAAGCCAAACCUAAACCUGCCUGACUUGGAUCUUUCACGUCCAAAGAUAGAUAGUCCUGACUUGAACCUAGGAUCACCUGAUCUAGAUGUUUCUGGGCCGAAUUUGAGAGGUGGAGGAAUAAAUAUGCCUGACAUCAAUAUGCCCAAAGCCGACCUUAAAGCCCCCAAACUAGACCUCAGUGGCCCAAAGGUCAACUUAGACAUGCCUUCUGGAAAACUGAAAAUGCCAGAAAUUCAAGGUCCAGACUGGGAUGUUAAUGCUCCUUCAGGAAAACUCAAGAUGCCAAAAAUGAAUCUCUCAGGUACAUUGCCAAAAGGACCAAAUUUAGACUUAAAUGCAGAUCUCAAGUCACCAGAUUUCAGUCUCAAAGCUCCAAAGAUCAAGGGUGGGAUGAAUGCUCCCGAUCUAGACUUGCCAGAUAUGAAACUUAAAGAUCCUAAGUUAGAUGUUGGCAUUCCAGAUGUUAACAUUGGAUCACCAAAAGGAAAGUUUAAAAUGCCUAAAAUGAAAAUGCCCAAAUUUCACUUUCCAGGUAUUAAAGGACCUGAACUCGAUGGCAACCUAAAUGCUCCAGAUAUGGACAUAAAUGCACCUGAUGUAAAUGUCAAAGCGCCUAAAGCUGAUCUAGACUUGAAAAUGCCAGAUCUUUCUGGGAAAUUUAAAAAGCCAAACCUAAACCUGCCUGACUUGAAUCUUUCAGGCCCAAAGAUAGAUAGUCCUGACUUGAACCUAGGAUCACCUGAUCUAGAUGUUUCUGGACCAGAUCUGAGUGGUGGAAUAAAUAUGCCUGACAUCAAUAUGCCCAAAGCUGACCUUAAAGCCCCCAAACUAGACCUCAGUGGCCCAAAAGUCAACUUAGACAUGCCCUCUGGAAAACUGAAAAUGCCUGAAAUUCAAGGUCCAGACUGGGAUGUUAAUGCUCCUUCAGGUAAACUCAAGAUGCCAAAAAUGAAUCUCGCAGGUACAUUGCCAAAAGGACCAAAUUUAGACUUAAAUGGAGAUCUCAAGUCACCAGAUUUCAGUCUCAAAGCUCCAAAGAUCAAGGGUGGAAUGAAUGCUCCCGAUCUAGACUUGCCAGAUAUGAAACUUAAAGAUCCUAAGUUAGAUGUUGGCAUUCCAGAUGUUAACAUUGGAUCACCAAAAGGAAAGUUUAAAAUGCCUAAAAUGAAAAUGCCCAAAUUUCACUUUCCAGGUUUUAAAGGACCUGAACUCGAUGGCAACCUAAAUGCUCCAGAUAUGGACAUAAAUGCACCUGAUGUAAAUGCCAAAGCGCCUAAAGCUGAUCUAGACUUGAAAAUGCCAGAUCUUUCUGGGAAAUUUAAAAAGCCAAACCUAAACCUUCCUGACUUGAAUCUUUCAGGUCCAAAGAUAGAUAGUCCUGACUUGAACCUAGGAUCACCUGAUUUAGAUGUUUCUGGACCGAAUUUAAGAGGUGGAGGAAUAAAUAUGCCUGACAUCAAUAUGCCCAAAGCUGACCUUAAAGCCCCCAAACUAGACCUCAGUGGCCCAAAAGUCAACUUAGACAUGCCCUCUGGAAAACUGAAAAUGCCUGAAAUUCAAGGUCCAGACUGGGAUGUUAAUGCUCCUUCAGGAAAACUCAAGAUGCCAAAAAUGAAUCUCUCAGGUACAUUGCCAAAAGGACCAAAUUUAGACUUAAAUGCAGAUCUCAAGUCACCAGAUUUCAGUCUCAAAGCUCCAAAGAUCAAGGGUGGGAUGAAUGCUCCCGAUCUAGACUUGCCAGAUAUGAAGCUUAAAGAUCCUAAGUUAGAUGUUGGCAUUCCAGAUGUUAACAUUGGAUCACCAAAAGGAAAGUUUAAAAUGCCUAAAAUGAAAAUGCCCAAAUUUCACUUUCCAGGUUUUAAAGGACCUGAACUCGAUGGCAACCUAAAUGCUCCAGAUAUGGACAUAAAUGCACCUGAUGUAAAUGCCAAAGCGCCUAAAGCUGAUCUAGACUUGAAAAUGCCAGAUCUUUCUGGGAAAUUUAAAAAGCCAAACCUAAACCUGCCUGACUUGGAUUUUUCAGGUCCAAAGAUAGAUAGUCCUGACUUGAACCUAGGAUCACCUGAUCUAGAUGUUUCUGGACCGAAUUUAAGAGGUGGAGGAAUAAAUAUGCCUGACAUCAAUAUGCCCAAAGCCGACCUUAAAGCCCCCAAACUAGACCUCAGUGGCCCAAAGGUCAACUUAGACAUGCCCUCUGGAAAACUGAAAAUGCCUGAAAUUCAAGGUCCAGACUGGGAUGUUAAUGCUCCUUCAGGAAAACUCAAGAUGCCAACAAUGAAUAUUGAAUCACCAGAUUUGAGUCUCAAAGCUCCAAAGAUCAAGGGUGGGAGGAAUGGCUUUGAAGUUCCUGAUGUAGGUUUUGGAAGCCCAUCAGCAAAACCUAAAAGGCCAAAUCUGAAAAUGCCUGAUGUUGGAUUUUCAGCACCAAAGAUAGAUGGCACUGAUCUUGAUGGUGUAAAGAUAAAAGGCCAACUUGAUUCUCCCAACCUGAGUUUACCAAACAAAAACUUCAAAAGCUCAAAAUCUGGCCUUGAUAUUCCAGAUGUUGAUUUUGGCAGUUCACAGUUUAAAAUGCCAAACUCGAAAAUGCCUGAUGUGGAAUUUUCUCGUCCAAAGCUAGACAGCCCAAAGUUCAAUGCUAAGUUACCAAAGGGACAAAAUCUAACACUAAAUUCAGACUUAAAUUCUCCAAAACUGAAUGUUGACGGUCCAGACAUGAGAGGUGGACUCAGCUCCCUUAAGCUUGGUGCACCAAACGUCAACCUCCAGUCUCCUAAGUUUGACAUGGACACUCCAGAUGGCAAUAUUGGUUUACCCGGUGUCAAUUUAAAAAAAUCCCAAAUAAAGAUGCCAAAAGGCCUCAAUGCUAACAUAACAAGUGAGCUACAACAACCUGAGCUGAACAUGCCAAAUGUAUAUGGUAAUGUUCCAAAAACAUCAAGACCAAAGCUGAAAGGUCCUGAUUUAAGUUUGCCAGCUUUAGAUCUAGCUGAUGUUAGGGUAAAUGGUCCAAAGCUCAGUUCAAAACAUCCAAAUCCGAGAGUAAAUGGUAUCAUUGGACAACCUGGAAUGGGCUUCUCUGCACCUAGAAUGAAAGGAAAUUUAAGUGGCACAAGCAUGGGUAUGAAUACUUCUUUGAUAGACAUACGUAGUCCUCAUCUAAGAUCUCCAGACCUUAACAUUGAUAAUGCUUCCCUAAAUUUCAAGGGAGCCUCCUAUAGGAAUCGCAGAUCAGAUAUGGCAAGUAUGAGUUUAAAAAGACCUGAUUUGGACAUAGAUCAAGACAUCCGACUAAGACAUCCAAAAAGAAAUUCAGCUAGAACCACAGUAAGAGGCAGCUACCCUUCAAUGGAUGAUGCCUUCCACCAAUACAUUGAUUACAAUCGCUCAGAUCUCAACAUUGACGACUUCACAGGGAAAGACCAUGUGCUUAGAGCCAGGGGUUCACAACUGGACCUAAGUGCACCAUCUUACUAUCAACAACGGAUCCCUUCUUCAGGGGUUCAUGUUGACCCCAGGAACAGCAAAUGCGUGCCAGUUGGCAGCAGGGAUGGCAAUGUGCACAGUACAUCUCAAACUAAACAACCUGACAGUGCAGGAGGAUACUAUGUCACCGUUUUCCCCAGACUGCCACAACCUCAAAACCUACCUAACCGUAAAUAUAACUAUACAGGUAGGCUUUUCUUUCCUGAUGGAAAACUGGACCUUGACGUUCCAGAUGAUAACUAUCUCAAGGGCUCAACAUUUUUCUCCAACCUUCUAUAGUCAUCGGAGCUACUUUUGUAUGUCUCAUGUUUUGUCUUUAUUUAUUAUCGCCAUUGUUUUUAAUGUAUGUUUUUUAUGUUUUAUGAUUGAUAUGGAAGUUGUUACUGUCUGCCCCUGUAUUCUUGUGUUUAAAUGUUUACAGUGCAGUUAGCCUAAAGUACACUGUAAUGGCUCUUCCUUGGCACUUGUUUUAUACUGUCAAUGAAAAUUAUUUGUACAUUUUGUAGAUUUUUAUACCAUGUUGGACAAUACUUGCUCAAAAUAUUUUAUGUUGUUUUUAAGCUUUUUUUUAAGUCUUUUCGUCCUUAAUUUUGUGGUUUUGAUGUAGAAACUCCAGCAAUAAAGUGUGCAAUGUAUCAA